CCCUGGUAUAGGGUCUGCAUGUUUUUCCACAUUCUUAUUGUGCAUCGUAUGUUACAUGCGACACAUCUGUCCAUCCCAUUGUACAGGGCAAAUUGGCAAAAUCACAGAAACUGCACUACUGCAGGGCCUACCAUUCUUAUGGUACCAUUAUUUGCCUAUUAGCUACAAAACCGCAAUAAUAUCGGCAGAGGACGCCAGUGGUCCGUGGUUGAAAUUACGUGAAUUCUGUGGUUACGAUUAAUUGUUUUCCUUUAACUUCUGAUCAUAGCUUCCACAUUUGUGUGAAUUUUGUACAGUGACAACUGCUGUUUGUCAUGUUUACAUGUUUGAACGUUGCAUGUAACCUUAGCUCUCCGUUCUCACGUGACUGGGGCGAAAAGCAGUGAUGUGGCGGAAUUCAGUUUCAACUUUAGCACAACGUUAGCUACAUAACUAGCUGGCUAGUGCCUAGACUUUUAGCUGACAAAAUGGACAACUCUGGGAAAGAAAAAGAAGCAAUGGCCCUCAUGGCUGAGGCUGAAAAGAAAGUAAAAUCAUCUCAGUCGUUCUUUGGAUCUUUAUUUGGGGGCUCAUCAAAGCAGGAGGAAGCCUGUGACAUGUAUGCUAGAGCAGCCAAUAUGUUCAAAAUGGCCAAAAACUGGAGUGCUGCAGGUAAUGCCUUCUCCCAGGCAGCUCUUCUCCACUUGCAGAUGCAGAGUAAACAUGAUGCAGCCACCAACUUCAUUGACGCAGGGAAUGCUUUCAAAAAAGCCGAUCCACAAGAGGCUAUAAACUGUCUGAAUCGGGCCAUUGAGAUCUACACAGAUAUGGGUCGUUUUACCAUUGCAGCCAAGCAUCAUAUAACGAUUGCAGAAGUGUAUGAGACAGAACUGGUGGAUAUUGAUAAGGCUAUUGCCCAUUAUGAACAGGCUGCUGAUUACUAUAAAGGGGAGGAAUCUACAAGCUCAGCCAACAAGUGUCUUCUCAAAGUGGCUACGUAUGCUGCUCAGCUGGAAAAAUACCAGAAGGCCAUUGAAAUAUAUGAACAGGUUGGAACCAAUGCCAUGGACAGCCCUUUGUUGAAGUACAGCGCGAAGGACUAUUUUUUCAAAGCAGCUCUCUGUCAUUUCUGUGUUGACAUGCUAAAUGCCAAGUUGGCCUUGCAGAAGUAUGAGGACAUGUUUCCAGCCUUCUCAGAUUCACGGGAAUGCAAACUGCUGAAGAAACUUCUGGAUGCCUCUGAAGAACAGAACAUUGAUGCCUAUACUGAUGCAGUGAAGGAAUACGACACUAUCUCACGGUUGGACCAGUGGCUCACCACCAUGCUGCUGCGCAUCAAGAAAACCAUACAGGAAGAUGAGAGUGACCUCCGCUAACGACACUCUCACACAAAGAGUUGCUUGCCCAGCGACAACCUUGUCUUUUGGAUCAUUCCCAGAUUUUGCUAUGUGGCACUUUUUAGUGACUUGCGACUAUUGUGACCGUAAUCUGUCAGUUUUUCCAAAAAAAAAAAAAAAAAGCCUUAUGUGCCUUCUGUUUCUGAUGAGCCUAGAUUUUUUGCCUGAAGACCAGCUUCCCAGACUCUAGUCUAGAGAGUCUAGAGCAUUACAUCCACUGGUGCUCUAAACUCUAGUCUAGAGAGUCUAGAGCAUUACAUCCACUGGUGCUCUAAAUAAGGUCUUAUUCACGACCCUUAAGAACACUAACUUUCUUGAAUGGAAACCUGUUGCCAGGGUGAGCAGUGCCUUCAAUCAUGACUAGCUGCAGCACACUCUUUGGAUCUUUGUUUUGUGCUGUCCGAGAAACAGACGUAGGUCUAAGCACAGCAUAAAUAGCACACCAUAACUGUCUUUAACAGAUUCUUUAUGCCUGUAUUCCAUGUACUAUUUUAUUUUAUUUUAUUUUUUUGCCACAGGAUGGUAGUCAAAAUGUUCAGACAGUCAACUUUGAUUUUUUUGUGAUGAAUUUGGUUGGAACAAUUAAAAAAUAUGAAAAUUGUAUGAUGCCCAGGCUUUGUAAAAUAUAAUGUGUAUGACUGAAUAUCCUUUGCUGUUUGUUCCUUUUUCAGAUCUUAAGUGUUUCAGUGACAGAUUGGUCCGGAUACGAAACUUCUUAUUUAAAUACUGUGCUUCUUUCUUUCUUCUCUUUUUUUUUCUUUAGGGAAGUGAAAUUUGGUAUUGUGGCCUUGUACUGUGUUCGUCCCAUGUAUUUCAACAGCACAUUUGCAUUUUUGCAGAUUUUUUUUAAAUAACUAGACAUCCCAAUUUUAUAAAAAGGAUCACCGCACACCAUUGGACUACACUUUUAAGAUUCAUUUCUGAGCAACUCGUUUCGCCAUGUGCUUCCUCAGGCUCUAGGAGAUCCCAGUUUUAUAGUUAUAGUUGGUUAGCAGACAUUUUUAUCCAAAGCGAGCUACAACAUGUUCAAAUGUCCCAAAUACAAAUCCACAAACAGAUGGGGUAAUAAAUACAUUCUGAUUCUAAAUAAUAAUAAAACAAAAUGUUGGCUUUCA